ACCGGUUUCAGUGAAGAGGGAAUUUAAAGCCACAAAGAGCGGCGGGGCUCCCCGCACAUCACCAGAAUGCAACAAUUCCUGUAUUUGUUGUUACUCGGCAACCAGAGGAAGGCGGCGCGGCGACAGAAAAUACCAACAAAUCGGACAAAGGAGAGCGGGACGCAAUCAGAGUCCGGGGGCCGGCUUGUUACCAGGAAACCACAAAGAAAAAUUUCCUGUGUGCCAUUUUAAAAAAUGUCGGUGAAGUCUCGGGAGCUGUCAGGGAAGCCGGAAGCCACUCCAGAAAAAGGAAUAAGUAGCUAUUUUCAUCAGCUGCUCAACAAGCGGAUGGUCCUGAAUUCGAGAGAUGACGCCAAAUCAAUUCUUCACCGGCUAAUUUUUGUGUCUACGAUCUCCCCGGAUCUGGCCGAUAAGAGAGACCUCGGAGAAUUCUGGGAGCAGAAGUUCCAGCAGUAUAAUCAGGGGGAGACGGUAACGGGCAUUUUGCUUCUCUACCCGUCCUGUACCAUCCAUGUUCUUGAGUCGGGGGGAGACGUCUUGUACUGUGUGCUCAGGGAUCUCAGGAGGAUGGAGAAACGACGGGAAAGGGCGCUAGUGCUGAACGCCAAGAUUUUGGUUUUGUCCCAUAACAUCCCCAACCGACUGUUCAGCCAGUGGAGCUACAAAGUGCUGGACAUUCCUGGUCAAUACUUGGGGGAUAAGUACAGCGAGGAGGCCACAGAUGGCAUAAUCACCGAGUGCCUGACCAAGAUACUGAAGAUCGGAAAGCAGUUGACCAAAUACCCCAAGGGCUCCAAAACCAUUCCCAAUUCGUUGUUUGAGAAAUCGCCGGAGCUAACCAUCCCCCAGACCUCCAUCCUGCACCUCCUGCACAGUAGAGAGCUCCUCACACCAGACCAGUUCCUGGAGGCCUAUGACUGCCCCCUGCAUGUCACCCUGGAUUCAGAUCGUGUUUGGCCUACGCCGGUACACUUAACACCACUGAAAACACGACCUCCUCAAUGAAGAAGACAUCUUUGAUGUGACCCCCUCCGUACCAACAAUUAAAGCUUUAAAAUGCAGACCAACAUUUCACGCACUCACACAAGCAAAAAGAAGAAGAAGAAAAGAAAAAAACGAUAUAUACUCUCUUUUCAUUUUUUUAAAAAUAUUUCUGUAAUUAAUCCCAUUUCACAGGCAAUAGACAGACCACAAUAUACUAGGAA